GUGUGGACAUACGUGUUGUCACAAAACCGGUACAGUUAGACAAGAUGAACAUUUUAUCAAAUUUCUUGGCAGUUCUAGUCUCUCUGAUAUCAAUUAAAUCAAUAGAAUGCUAUUUCGUAAGUAUAGAUGCACAUGCUGAAGAAUGUUUCUUCGACAAAGUGACUUCAGGGACGAAAAUGAGCCUGAUGUUCGAGGUUGCCGAAGGUGGAUUCUUGGAUAUUGACGUGAAGAUAUACGGCCCGGAUGGAAAUGUUAUUCAUCAAGGAGACAGAGAAUCCAAUGGCAAAUACACAUUUGCUGCCCAUAUGGAUGGUGUGUACAAGUACUGCUUCAGUAACAAGAUGUCCACCAUGACCCCUAAAAUUGUCAUGUUUACCAUGGAUCUAGGAGAAAAACCAAAGGAGAUGGACACUGCAGACACAGAUGGUGAGGCAAAUCACCAGAAACUUUCAGAGAUGAUAAAUGAGCUGUCAACAUCCCUCACUGGUGUCAAGCAUGAACAGGAAUACAUGGAAGUAAGGGAGAGAAUCCAUAGAGCAAUUAACGACAACACAAAUUCCCGUGUGGUUCUAUGGUCAUUCUUUGAAGCUUUGGUGUUAGUAGCCAUGACUCUAGGACAAGUAUAUUACCUCAAAAGAUUUUUUGAAGUACGACGAGUUGUAUAGGAAGCAGCUAUUAGAUAGGAAGAUCACAUAAAUAAGUGCCCUUUUAGAACAGUGAUGUCAUGACAACCAUAUGGCUAUUUCACUUCGCAUGUUUAAUACUUCAAAAAUAUUUAGAAAAAUUGUGAAAGGACUGUUUAGGGCUCGUUUUAUGAAUAAUAAAAGGGAAAAAAAUGAUUUCAAUCAAUUGUGAGUAAGUACAACAAGCCUCAUGGUGAUUCCAUCAUGGACAGGACAGUGUGGGUACAGCUUAAAAAGCUUUACUUUACAACAGCUGAGUGUAUAGCGGGGAAUUUCAUUUAUGUGCUUAAUAUGAAUUUGUUAACGAUACCAGUAUUAAGGAAAUUUCAAGGAUUUUCUAGAACUUUUUCUCAUAAUUGAUAUCCCAGAGAAUAGAAUUUCCAAUCUUUACCACACCGGUAAUCUUAUGAAAGAAUGUGUACUAUAAUAUCUCCCAAUAGAUGCUGUGCAUUUCUGAAUAUUGAAUUAUGGUGAUGCUAAUUAUGGUGUAGAGGAUGAUUUAAUGCUAUUGUCUUCCUUCUACACAUGGCUACUGACAGAUUCAAUAUACAGAUUUGUUACACCCCAGACUGACAGAUUUCUACAGAGGACAUCUGGUUCAUACACAAGAGAAAUAGAUCAUAGAUGUCUUUGCUUAAUAACUAUGUUCAUCUGAUGGUUAUUGGUAUGUUCCCCACAAAAUGAUAUGUUUUAAUUAAAAUCAGCAGUAACAUACAUUUGUACAUGGUCAAUUUAUUUUUUCAUUUAUAUGUAUCAAAAUAUCAUGAUGUAAAUUACAGAGAUUUUAGAUAUUUAAAGAAAUGUGUAUUAGUGCUAGUCAUAGAAGUUUUCUAGAAUUCACAUUCAAUAUAUAUUUAAAGGGACAUCACAGUUAACAAAACAUUAGAAAUUAAGUGAACAUAACAGGUAUGAUACCCCCCAAAUAUAUGCCUUAAUUAUAUUUCAUUGUUAAAUAUAGUCCAUUUUGAAUGUCUAGUGUGAAUAUUCAAGUUUAAUAGGAAAGCCCUCAAAAUAUAGUCCCUAUAAUACCGCAUGACAAAACAAGGCAGCCAUGUUUGUAAAAUGAUGGUUGAAGCAUUUAGCAAUGACAGCUGUAAUGAAGACUGUUAUAAUAUACUUAAUUAGUAAUGUCUGUUCCUAUCACAUUAUUGGUAACUUAACUUUUAUUAGGUACCAUCAGAAUUUCCCCUUCUGUGGCCCCCCUCGAAAUUCCAGAGAUUUACAUGUAGGCUAAGUAAUAAUUAUGUUGUAUACAACGAUGUAGAACAAAUUUGACGAUUGCUUGUUCCAAUUUGCUUUUCUAGAACAGUGGCAAUUUAUGACAAUUGUUUCAUUAUUUGAAAUAUUUUAAACUGCCACACUAAAUUCCUAUUGUAAUCCUUGGAUUAUCUUAGAACCAUAUGGCAACUCUUUGUUUUGUAGCUAAUAAUGUCUGUUUUUGUUUGUCACAUCAUAUAGUAACAAGAUUUUCAACUUGUGUACACUGUACUGUCAGUUCCUGAUGAGAUAUGAUGAGAUUGUCGAGUCCAUUUUAUGUCAUUAGAAGACAGGUUACUGUUAUUGUGUAAUCAUUUCUUGUUUUAGACUUGUUUUUUCUGGACCGUAUCUGUUUACACAGAAUUUAGGAAUAAAAGAAACAAAUUCUUACUUCACUGUGAUGUCCCUUGAGGUUUUUAUUCAUUUACUAGUAUUUGAAGAGAAUACACUACUUAGAGUUCAAUAUUUUUCUGUUAAGGAAAUAAAUUGCCAGGGUGAUUUGGUUGUUGCAUAAGAAGCAUGUAUGAUUAUGUAUGUACAAGUAAUGCCUUUGAAGUGACAGCUGCUAGAGGACAUGUCUGAUGUAAAGCUGUACUGGUCAGUUGGUAGCUGUACUUGUCAGUUAGUGGAUUCUCUCAGUUUGAAAGAUUUCACUAUUUAUUUCCUAUUUUCUUUAAAUUAUUUUAUGCUUUAUUGUAAUAAUCCUUCAAUAAAACAUUAAUUGUUGAUAUCAAAUGUUAUAGGUUUGGGUGUAGUAGAAUUCUUCAGCUGGCAGGUUGUCCCUUAUCCCUCCCAUGCCUUUCCCCUCACCCUUCUUCCCCUACAUCCAUCUUUCAUCUUGAUUACAUACCUUUCCUUCUAGUUUAUGUCUGCUUUUGGGAUGCAGUGUAUAUCUUUGUGGUUUUAAAAGUAAAGGGAUCCAUUUGAAUGAUGCUAGAAAAAUCCCCAAACCCCAUUUUGUGUGUAUGUAUAAAAAAGAUAAUAGAGUACAAGGUGUGUAUGAUAGUGAAACUGAAUAAGUCCACUGGGUGUGGAUACAAAAAUAAUUCAGUAAUAAAAAUGUAGCAAAAUUCUUAUGUAUCCAUUCUUUAAGGAAAGUAUGCAUACUUCAUUUUCCCACUAUGAGUGAUAGUACUGUUGGUGUUGAAAGUUUCUUUAGAAUCUUUCAGGUUUGUUUGUAUGAUUGGUGAGUGCAGAUGGUAGAAGACUGAUCAAGUGAGAUUUAUGUGUUAAGAGACAAGCUUAGGAGUGAAUGAAGGAAAAUGUACAUAGUGAAACACUCAAUAAUUCUGAAAGUCUUAGACUAUAAUUUCUUUGAUGUAUAGUUUUUGGAAAUCACAAUGUCUUCUUCAUUGAUUGUCAAAAUGUAACAUUUGAUCAAAGUUUAACAUUGAAAGAAUAUUCCAGAUUACUAUUAGGAAUUAUACUUCUACAAUUCAAAAGAUACUCUCUGUUUGAUUAUAUGAGUACUGAAAGCCCUCUGACUUCACUAAUGCUCCAUCAAGCAAGUUAUAACUGUGAUUGAAAGUUAGAUAAUGCACGCAUUUCUGAUUACUAAACUUUAAAAAAUUUAUUUUGAACUUUGAAACAUAUUUUCAUAAAAUGAAUUGGUAACGAAUUAUUCAAAUGAUCAUUUUUUUAUUGAAAAUUAGCACUGCCAAUGUACUUUCCAAACUUAUAUCUCUAUAUGACAUUUGACUAUUAGAAACAUCAAUCACCUUGAUAUCAAUAUUUCUUAUGUGAUAUGAGGAAUGAAGAUUUUGUGUUGAGUGCAAGAAUUAACAUUCGUUUGUAUAUUAAUGAUUAUAAUAAGACAAAUAUAUCAUUGUCCAUGUCCAAUCUAUGUCAAAGUUCUCGGUGCACAUUUUGAUUCCAUUUUGCGGGUGUGUUUUCUCCAAAGAGUAAAAUAACUUAAAUCUUGAAUAAAAAUUUUUAAUUUCAUCUCAAAAA